GCUUUAAUGCCUUUGAUCAUGUUCUCCUUGUUUGCAAUAGCAUCCUGCAUCUGAUUGUUUUCAGUUUGUAAAUUCAUUUGCUGAUCAUGUUUAGAUGCAUUUUCCUUUCUUGUUGACUGAUUGUUGCUGUGUUGACCUUCUGAUAAAGUGGCCUUACCUUUAUCCACCAUUUCUUCAUCUGGUUUCAUGACAUUUCUAUUGAGUAAAUCCACUUCUUCUUUGGACGCAGGAGGGUCCAUGUUUUGAUCUAUCCUUUUUGAAGCAGAGAAGACGAAAUUGGGAUUUAGCACGUUUUGGGUGUUCAUAGAUCAGAGCUUUCAGAGUCCUUUGGCUCACGUCUUACAAAUAAAAAGAUCCGAGCUGCUUGUGUUUUGAGCCUUGGGUUUCCCGAUCGUUGUGAUGCCUUGGCGACAACAUUUGGGUGUUCGGACUCUCUCGUUAUUUUAAUGGAAUGUCAGUGAUACUUCUUUAUGAAAUAUUUAUCCCAACUCAUCAUCAUUCUCUACUUCUCGAAAGCAGAACCAAUAAUUUAAGCUACCCAGUUCAUUUCUCUCGUUUUCGUCUUUCCUAUAAACUUGAAAACAUGAAGGGUACACUGCUCUCGAUUCUUGCUUUGUAUGUGUUCUUAGUUUCAUUCAUCAAUAUUAUUAGUCACCCAGUACAAGUUGUUGCAGAUGGCGCUAAUUCAUCAGGGGUGAUACGCAUAGAUUGUGGGGUAACCAAAGAGUAUUGGGACGACAAUAAUUUUUACUAUGAGGCAGAUGGAGCAAGGUUUGUGGAAUUUGGGGAAAUACAUAACGUAUCCUCAAAGUACAUCUUGACAAGUAAAGACGACAACCGGUCUGCGCAGCAACUGAACACCUUGAGAAGCUUCCCAGAAGGAGAAAGGAACUGCUAUAAGCUCAAACCCAAACAAGGCAAAAAUAACACUUAUCUCAUAAGGGCUUUGCACUUUUACGGAAACUAUGACAACAAAUAUUCAACUCCAGAGUUUGAUUUGCAUCUUGGCGUCGAUUAUUGGAGCCAUAUAGGUUUGGAUGAUUCCAGAUAUUCUUUCCAAGGGGAGAUCAUUCAUGUUGCCCCAGCCGACACUGUUGACGUGUGCCUUGCAAACGCAGGGCGGGGCAUCCCACUCAUUUCCUUGUUAGAGCUUUAUCCUUUGCCUUAUUCUCUAUAUCAGCCCCCAACACCACUAGACCUCUACGAUCGCAUUAGCUGUGGUAUGAAAGGAACUUUCUCCAGAUACUCGAAUGACCCCUACGGCAGAUCUUGGUUCAGUGAUACUGAUAAAGCCAUCGCCAACUCAAAGUCAAUCAGCACAUCAACAGCUAUUAAGGAUGAUUCCAAAGACUACAAACCUCCAAAGCAAGUGUUGAGCACUGCAAUCACAUCACUGAAUGCUUCCUUUCCCUUAGUGAUUAACGUGUUUCCCCGUAAUGACUAUGAGUAUCAUGUUUAUCUUCAUUUUUUUGACUUUGAGAAGCAUCCUCAAAAUCAGCGAAGAAGCAUGGAAAUAAAUUUGACCGAUAGGAUCCGAGAGUCCAUAACUCUUAACUACAAGCAACUCCUUACCAUAAACAAGACAAUUCCGAAAGGGUCCUUCAAAGCAAUUUCAAUCAUAUCCUCCCCAGGUUCUGGUUUGCCCCCCAUGAUCAAUGCUUAUGAGAUCUACAGAGUACUACCACAGCCAACGUCACCAACUCAUGAACGAGAUGUUGAUGCUAUAUGGAAGAUCAAAGAGGCCUAUAAAAUCCUCAGAAUCAGUUGGCAAGGAGAUCCCUGCUUGCGAGUGCAAUAUAGAUGGGAAGGUGUAACUUGCAAUUACUCUGAAAGCAUCCCUAGGAUCAUCUCAUUGGACUUGAGCUCAAGCAAAUUAGAAGGAGACAUAGUUACUUAUUUCUCCAAUCUCAUGAUGCUGGCUUCCUUAGAUUUGUCAAACAACCAAUUGACAGGAGAAAUACCACAACUUUUGGCAAAACUUCCCAAAUUGAAAGUACUUAAUUUGACAGGGAAUAAUCUCAAAGGUUCAAUUCCAAAGGCUCUGAUGGAGAAGUCGAGUACCGGUUUGACGUUGAGUUUGGAUGGAAACCCAGGCCUAUGCCAAACAGGUUCCUGCAAAACCACAACAAAGAAGUUCAUUGUACCACUUGUUGCCUCAGUUGCAGCUUCUAUGGCAACUCUUGUAAUAAUAAUCUACAUUUCGACGGUACUGUACAAACGUAAAAGAAAAAAGCAAAAAGUGUUGUUGUUCAAGAAAGCUGGCGAUCUUAAAUCAAAAAAUCAAGCAUUUUGUGAGGAUGAAAUUCUUAGGAUUACCAAUAACUUCGAAUCAGUAAUUGGAGAAGGGGGAUUUGGAAAAGUGUACCUUGGAAAGCUACAAGAUGGUACACAAGUUGCAGUCAAAUUGCUUUCAAAGUCAUCACAACAAGGAUUUAAAGAGUUUGAAUCAGAGGCAAAACUAUUGUCCAUAGUUUUUCAUAGGAACCUGGUUUCUCUUGUUGGUUACUGUGACGAUGGUGACAUGAGAGCAUUGAUUUAUGAAUAUAUGGCAAAGGGAAAUCUUCGACACCAAUUGUCAGAUAAAAAUCCAUGCAUUUUAAAGUGGAAUGAGAGACUUCAAAUCGCAUUAGAUACAGCAUAUGGACUGGACUAUUUGCAUAAUGGCUGCAAACCACCGAUAAUUCAUAGAGAUCUAAAAUCAUCUAACAUCUUAAUAAGUGAAAACAUGCAAGCCAAAAUAGCUGAUUUUGGAUUAUCCAAAGCUUUUGCUAAUGACACUGACACUCACAUUUCAACUCGUCCAGCAGGCACAUUUGGUUACCUUGACCCCGAAUUCUAUAGGUUUGGGAACUUGAACAAGAAAAGUGAUGUUUAUAGUUUUGGGAUAAUUCUACUUGAGCUAAUGACCGGUCGAUCAGCAAUUAACAAAACACCUGAAGGCACAAGUCACAUAGUUGAUUGGGUAACUCCAAAGUUUGAGAUCGAGGAUAUCCAAUCUGUUAUGGAUCCAAAGUUAGAGGGAAAUUUCAAUACUGCUUCAGCUCAGAAGCUUUUAGAGAUAGCCUUGUCCUGUGUUCAAUCAACUGCAAUCAAAAGACCUGAUAUAAGUAAUGUGGUGAAUGAUCUGAAGCAAUGCUUGGCCUUGGAAACAUCCCUUGAAAGUGCAGAAAGCAGCACAAUAUUAUCAGGCACUACAUUGUUUGAUACAAGUUUUUAUCAGUGUGGAUCAGACUCACCUAGCUCCAUCUGUUAGAUAGGACUAUUUCUUGAGCCAUCCAAUUGUUUGUCUUAAAUCAAAUUCUUUGUAAGUUUGUAUGCUUGCUUUUCUCUAGUAGACUCACUUAUAACUACACGGUUAAUUAAGUGUAAUUUGGCCCGAUAUAGAAAUUUGCAAAUGACCAGAACUAAAUUAGAUUAUGAAUUCAAA